UUGGGUUGGGGAGGACAACAUAUUACAGCAACAAACGCAAACGCAACAUCUUCAUCUACAACAGCCACAUCAAACGCAGCCGCACAGGAACAGCAGCAGCAGCAGCAACACCUCAAAACCGCACAUCAGCACCAAAAAGACUCGCGCAAUCAGCUGCUGACACCAGAGAACUCUUCCACAUCUUCAACGUCGAGUAGUGGAGGAGGCGGCGGCGGCGGAGGUGCCAGCAGUAAUUCAGCGGCGGUAUCCCAAACUGGCAAAUCAUCAUCCGCCAGUUCAUCCUCCUUAGCACCACCGGCCCAUCAUCAUCCUCAUCAUGCGCUUGAUAUGUUGUACUCCCCAGCGUCGGCAGCAGCGGCAGCCCGACAACAAUUACUUUUACAGCAACAGCACAAUGCCCUGCAACAGUUCCAUCAGCAUCAACAACAAAUUUUACAGCAGCAGCAACAACAUCAACACCAUGAAAAAUCCUCCAAUGCCAGCAAAACAGCUGGAGGCUCGUCUUCGGGUAAAUCAAACAGCUCUGCUCAAAGGCUUUCGGCGGCCCAACAAUUGGCUGCAGCGGCAGCUGCUGAAAGUGCUGCAGCCUACUACUCGGCAGCAGCGGCGGCAGCUACAAUGCUCAGUCCGCCCUUGAGUGCUGCGGCCACACCAGUCUCCAGCCUAAGUGCUGUAAAUCCCUUUGCCAAUCCUUUUGAUUGGUUGGGUGCGGCAGCAGCAACAUCAUCCUCAGCAGCGGCCACCAAUGGCAACUCUUCCACGAAUACUGGGCAAAAACGUUCCUUAUCAUCAUCCUCAACAGCUUCAUCCUCAGCGGCGAGGGCGACAGAGGCUAAUCGCCACAGUUCAUCGAACAACUCAACACCUGCAACUGCAUCGGAAUUUCUCAAUAUGUUUACGGCAGCCGCUCAUCACACUCCCAACAAUGACAAUGGCGGCACCUCUUCAUCUUCCAGCCAUCAUCAACAGAGGUCUUCAUCGAAUGCCUCAGCUUCCUCGUUGGCCUCUAGUUCAUCCAAUACACCAGGCGGUGGUGGUAAAUCAUCAAAUUUCUCUGUGGCCUCUUUAACGGGCGGCGGCUCUUCCAGCUCUUCAUCGGCGGCCAAUAACAGCAACUCCACAGCUGCAAGUGUCUCCAAUUCAUCGUCAGCCGCACUGGCAGCCUUAUUUGGUGUGGCAGCACCAUUUUCCGCCCCCGCUCUGGUGAAUCCCUAUCAACCGCAUUUGGCACCCGGAGUGGCAGCUGCUGCAGCGGCAGCUGGAGCCCAUGGCCUGCCAUCGCCCACAAUUUAUCCACCAACACCACCACCUUCGGCACCAUGGAUCCAUCCCUGGUAUGCUGGGGAUACUUUUUAAAUGAGUAAUGUAUAUAGAUUCUUUUUUUAAAUACUGGUAAUCUCUCUUAUUAUGUAAUAAUAAUAUUAUGGUAUUAUGAUAUGACCUUUCCACCCCAACCCCUUGUUAGUAAUGAAUAUUUCCCACAAAUGAACCAAAGAACAAUAACGAAAAAAUUGGUCUUUUCUAUGAUGAGGUUUUGGAUUUUCGAUAAAAGUCGUCGAAAAGAAGAAAAACAACAAUUUCAAUGUUUUAAGCAAAGAUUUGUUUUGCAAAGAAAAAUCUAAAUUUAUUUUUUUUUCCGGUGAAUUAUAAUGAUUUCGGAAUUUCUUUGUUUUUGUGAAAAAAAAAAUGCAAUUCGAUGUGUGGCCAGUUACCUUUGGCAUAUGCAACAAUUUUAAAUUGAUAUUUGGCCAGCUACCUUUGAGGCUUCUCACGAUUGUGUAAAUCUUGCUUGCUUUAUAUCAACACCAUAUGAAACAGUGUAGGCACGCCCUUAAGCCAAUAACACCAGUUGUCUGGUGUUUAUGGGAGAAAGAGCCGUUAUUUUUUUCUCAAGGGAAAGAAGAGAGCAUAAUUUGUAUUUAAUCGUGCAUGCUCUAAAACAGUGGUGCCAAGAUGAAAAACCGUUAAUUAUAAGAAAUGAAAUGGCAGUCAUUUUAAGAUUGCCGGCUUAUGUGAACCCCCCUUUUAAUAUGAACGUAUGUAUUAGUGCAAAAACGCCAAACAAUUGCCGUAUAAUGGAACUCUAAAAACAUAAUUUUAUUGUUUUAUGUGGAAAAUACCGACACUAACGUCACAAUUUAAUGAAAUUAAAGGGCGAUUUUACACAUUAUCAUUGCAAUUAUGUGAAGAGACAGGCCACUCCAAAUUCUAGACAUACGUCAUGGUAGAAGAAAACAGGUAGUCGCAUCGAAACAGCUGCUGAGACAAUGAACUGUCAAACUAAAUUUUAAAUUCAAAACUUUGAAUGAAAAGUUAUUCAAAUUCGUAAAAAUUGUUGAAAAAUGAAUAUCAUAAUAAUCUCAGAUUG